AAAAAGAAAUUUUAGUUUAUUUUUUUCUUAAUCUCUCAAUUGUGUUCCACUUUUGGUGAUAUCCUACUUUAUGUUUAUAAUAUAUUUUAUAUUAAUCUGUCGCCUGUAUCGAUUAUAAUUUUAUAAUUAUAAUUUUUUAUUACAGUCAUUAUUUGAUACAGUACAAGAUUAUUUGAAACUAGAAAGAAUAGAAAUGUUUGGCUUAAAAGCGAAGUCACUACUUUCCAUGGUUAAUAAUAUUUACGAAGAGUUUAUUAAAUUGUACCAACAAUUUGGAGACGUGGCUUACGAAGUUUUAAUGCCAGAAGAAGAACAAUUUACUGCAGAUUUAAAUGAAUUUUUCGCCUCGAUAGAGCAGUUUGAUCGACGAUUGGCAAGCAUUUUCGACCAAGCAUUUGCUGAAUGUUACAACUUAGAGUCGUUCUUUAAGUUCGUUUGGAUAAUGGGCGUAAUUGCCAACAGACCUAUAAUAAUGGCCCAAUUGUGGCACAAUUAUGAAGAAAUAAUUCAAAGAGUAGAUCGACAUUUCAGUGACAUUAAGGUGUUAUUCGACAAGAAUUUUAAUUCCGGAAAAAACACCGAGCUUUCGACAUUGAAUUCGUAUUUACCUGUAGUGAGUGCUUCCCUGUUUUUUUUAAUGAGACUUCGUAAGAGAACUCUUCUCCCAAUUGAGUGCAUGAAAUUAAUUGACCAUCCUUUAAUUAAUGACAAAAUGGAACAUGUACUCAAAGACAAAUACGAAGAACUUGAGGCUAUUAUUGACGAAAAGGAAAAAGAAAUAUUUACUGCUUGGGCGGAGAAAUUGCCAGAAAUUUGGGAAACCCAUUUAACGAAAACUCUUUUAAACGUUAAAGAGGAUCAAUUGCUGGAAACGAAUUUCGACUUUGCUUUAAGAACUGCCUUGAGAGAGAUUCGUUAUAUGAUAAUUGCGAAGAUUCCUGAUCUUUCUCAAGAAGCCAUAGAUUUUUAUAAUAGAUCACAAUUCUUCUUUAUCAGCACUUACAAUCUCAAUCUGAUAGUGAAUUGUAUUGAUGUGAUCAUACUAGUGAUAGCAGUGAUGGCUAUGAUACAAGUCGCUAGACAUCCCCAAAUAGAACUCCAGGAUGUGAAAACGUGA